AUGAGCGACAUCAGACAUGAAGUUGGAAAUCACCAGCAACCCACAUCGGCGACAAUCGCCAACCCAAAGACAUUUUCCACCACUCGUUUCCACCACUCGUUCUUUGAAAGCAAAAUGCAACGCAUCCAUUCGUUCCUGAUUCUUGCACUCUUUUUCAUCGUUUUCGCUGCAGCUGAGAAUGUAGAAUACAAGUGUUCAACAAAGGUAACAUUUGACGGAGAUAAAAUGCAGAAAAAGUUGAAACAGAUGACUAGUUAUUACCAAGCUACUAGUAUCCGAUGUAAACGUCACAGGCCUUGCAUCAGAAAAAAACUUCUUAAACUCAAAUGGCAUUUAGUAAAAUGGAAAAGGGCUUUGUAUAUACCAUUACCCGAAGGUACUUUUGAUCUAAGUGUAGAGAUGAAGCCUUUGGAAGAUGAGAGUAACAAGACUCCCAGAAGACAUCGCAACAUAUAUCAAAUUGUAGCCAGGUGCAGCAAAGGCACUAUUUGUGAUAUAAUGCACGUGACCGAAAAACCCCGGGGAAAUACGGCCCAAGAAACCAUCUGUUCAAAAAUUUGA